CCUCCAUCAAGUCCAAUUGAACCACCCACAUUUAUCUCUAGGCUCCAUAAAGGUAGAGUUGGUAGAGUUGGACAAAGUUCCUCUCCCGGUUGCAUUAAUCGGGUAAGAUCUCCUUCCCCGCGUCGGCCAAUCCACGAAAUCCGCGCCCAAAACCUCGAGACUCCAGUCAACCCCGCAACCCAGGUUGUAACACUCUUGGCUACAUUCUUCCGCACGCAAAAUUACAAUGGCCGCGUCUAGCCGGACCUUCCUCGCUUACCAGCACGACUGGAAUCUUCUCACCCUCGACACACCCGUGACAACAGUAUAUCGCUUCAACGAACUAGAAGAUCCCAACCGUCAGCUUUUCCCCGCGGGAAAGGAUGAUGACCAUGUCGUCGUCACAGAACGGACCGUCUUCCAUCCUCAAGGAGGCGGCCAGCCCUCCGACGUGGGCACAAUGACAGGGUCCGCAGGAACCACGUUUACGGUGACAGCCGUUCGCAUGGAUGCGACCGGACAAGGCCAGGUCCUGCACCUCGGCCAAUUUGGGGACAGUUCGUCGCCUAUCUUUUCGCAGGGCGAGACCGUCCAACAGGAAGUCGACGCUGAGAAGCGUCUGCUACAUUCGCGGCUUCAUACUGCGGGUCAUGUCCUUGGUGCAGCUGUGAGACAUCUUCUGGAAAAAGAGGUUGAGGGCUUUGAUGAAUUAAAGGCGUCUCAUUUUCCGGGCUCGGCCUCCUGUGAAUUUCAAGGUCUAAUCGAAGGGAAGUGGAAGGAGCCGAUUCAGAAACGGGUAGAUGAUUAUAUCGCCGACAAGCGCCAGGUUCAAGUUGAGUGGUGGGAUGAAGCCAUGUUUCGGGAAAAGGGUCUGGAAAGAUUGAUUCCCGACCGUAGCCUCAUGCCGGGAGAGAAAUUCCGCGUGGUUAACAUUGUCGGCACGGAGGUUUAUCCCUGUGGAGGAACGCAUGUCGAUACUACCGAUUUGUGUGGACCGACUAGCGUUACGAAGAUCUCUAGGAAGUCGGGGAAGUCUCGUGUUAGUUACGCCGUGAAAUGAUUAUGCCUCCUGCCGUCGAAUUCUCUGUUUUCCGGUUCUCUCUCCCAAUGAGCGUUCGGCAUAUAGACAAUUUUCUAAGUUUAGGAAGGAAUUGUAAUAAGCUAGAAUAUGGACAAAAACUAUCGCUAGAAUGUAGGGUACGGUGCGAUCACAUGCUCAUACGCCAACAAAUAUAUUCAAGCGUUCGUUGGACACCAG